UAUAGAGGGUCCUAUUCUUUUGGCAAAUUGUCUUCUCUACUUAAAAGAGACAGGCUGUGUGUUUUAAUUUGAGAAGAUGUGGCUCUGUGAGGUCAUUAGUGGCCCUCAUGCCUCCUGGAUCUGUGUGUGUGUGUGUGUGUGUGUGAGAUGAAACCCUGGAGUUGUUCUGAUCUGAUUCAGGCUGACUGUGGAUGCGGUUGCCGGGUAACGUCGCUAGGCAGCGGUUGCCGGGGUGUCGCGGCUGAUUGAGCAGCGCUGUUGCUGUUGGGAGGAUAAUGUGAGGUCAGCCAGGGAAUAGCUCGCGUCUGCCGGCACACGCUGGCGUUCUGCGGUCGAGGACUUACCAAAACAACUUUUUAACGGAAGCUUUUCCGUGCGUUUUACGAACAUUUAUGGAUUCCUGAUGGAGCGGAAGUGCUAUGUGCUGAACGAGUGGGCCAGAUGACUAAGACCUACAAUGACAUCGAUGCCGUCACCAGACUACUGGAGGAGAAAGAGCGGGAUCUGGAGCUGGCUGCUCGGAUUGGACAGUCCCUCCUGAAGAGGAAUCGGGUCCUGACCGAGCAGAACGAGUACCUGGAGGAGCAAGUGGGAACCAUCAGGGAGGAGGUUGCCCAGCUCCAUCAUGAGCUAAAUCUGAAAGAUGAGCUUCUGCAGUUCUACACCAACGCAGCGGAGGAGAGCGAAGAGGAGGCGUCGUCUCCCUCGGCUCGGAGGGGCAGGGUGGCGGGGCCGGCCCCCAGCGGUUCUUCUUUAGACAUCCUGCAGAGAAAACUUCAGGACCUGGAGGAGGAGAAUCUCUCACUCAGGACAGAGGCGAGUCAUCUGAAGUCUGAGACAGAAACGUAUGAGGAGAAGGAGCAGCAGCUUGUCAACGACUGCGUGCAGGAGCUCAGGCAGUCCAGUCUCCAGAUCUCCACCAUAGCAGAGGAACUGGCCAGGAAAACGGAGGACGCCUCCCGCCAGCAGGAGGAGAUCACACACUUACUCUCACAGAUCGUCGAUCUACAGAAAAAAGCCAAAACGUACGCUGUGGAGAAUGAGGAACUGAAUCAGCAUCUGGGAGCAGCUAAAGAUGCCCAGCGGCAGCUCACGGCUGAGCUUCAGGAGCUGGAGGAGAAGUAUUCAGAGUGUAUUGAGAUGCUGCAUGAGGCUCAGGAGGAGCUGAAGAACCUGCGGAACAGGAGCGUUUCUGCAGGAACGCCCCGGAGAUACCACCCUCUCGGACUGUUCCCUAUGGACUCUCUGGCUGCUGAAAUUGAGGGGACUAUGAGAAAGGAACUGAGUCAGGAGUGUCCUGAGAUGGACGAGCAGAAAGUUCGUCAUAAGCGAGUGUUUGAGACGGUUAAGAACAUUAACCAGACGGUCAGACAGCGCUCGCCGGCACCGCCUUCAGCUAAUAUCCCAGGGUCCAAUCAGACUCUGUCCUCACUAGGCUCCGCCCUCUCUGACAGCAGUGGGAACAACACACCUACUCUUGACAAUCGCACUCAGAGCUUGUUAUUAGAGGCGGGGUCAACAGACGGCAGUGCCGAGGGCUGUGAGAAGCGCUCGAGUUCAGAGGAGCUGAAGUUGGCUCUGCGGCGUCUCUCUCUGCGGAGGCAGAACUGUCUGAGCGAGAGGCGAUUCUUCGAGGAGGAGCGAGAGCGGCGUCACCGGGACCCCCCGGGGCUGCAGGACGUGACCCACCGCUCGCGGGGUAUCGUGCCCAGCGAGAGCAUCAUGUCCCUGGGCUCGUGGGCCAGCCGACCCUACCUGCCCGACAAGCUGCAGAUCGUCAAGCCUCUGGAAGGCUCUGCCACCCUGCAGCACUGGCAGCAGUUGGCUCAGCCUAAUCUGGGGGGUAUCCUGGACGCUCGGCCCGGCGUGGUCCCUAAAGGCUUCCGGCCGCUGGAGCUGGACCUGGAGGAGGUGUACCAGUACGCUGACUAUGAGGAGGACGAGCCGGGAGACCAGUACUUCCAGAACCUUCCCACCACCUCGGCCAGCUCCAACGUACCUCCAGGCCUGAGCCACGCCUCCUCGGCUUCCCCGUCCCCCUGCCUGAGCACAGGCCACGCCCCCGCCGACCUGUCAGUUUACUAUCCAGGUAAAUGCAUGGCCCACACCAGCUCCACCUACACCUUUACUACCUGCAGGAUUCUCCAUCCAUCUGAUGAACUGACCAGAGUGACUCCCAGCCUAAACCCCGUCCCCACCUCCUCCUGCGUGAUGACGUCAAGUCUCCGCUCCACCCCCGCGGCCACGCCCUGCACCCCUCGCCGCCUGAGUCUGUCUCAGUCCCAGUCCUUCACCAACCUCCGCGACUCCACCAAAACCUUCAGCACCUCCCUGGGGCUGGUGCGCCUCCUGCAGGAGCGGGGCAUAUCUGCGGCCGUCUAUCAGCCGACCAGCUGGGACAGAGCCAGCGGAGGGGGGGUCCUUUUGUCCACCUCCGUCCUGCCUCCUAUCCCCCCGGACCCCGAGGAUCCCACGACUCCACCCAACUCGCCCAGCCACCGCAGCCCCAGCCCCCACAUCUCCUCUGAGGAUGGAGACAUCUCCGCUGCGUUCUCCUUCAAAAGCCCCUCCUACGAGAACUUCCUGACGUCCAAGCCGGCGCGGUCCAUUCUGAAGGAGGUGGCGGGGGUGUCCGGGGCCCAGGCCAGAGACUGCGAGAGCCAGACGGACGUCAGCGUCUACAACCUGAACCUGGUGGAUAAGCUGAAGAGGCUGGGCCUGGCCAGUCCAGGGGCCUCCGGGGCCACAGGUGGCGGCGGGAUCCCGCGGCCCAGCCCAAUUGUGGGACCCCUCAGUGGGCUAAGGAGGGCGGGGUCACCCUUUACCCCACUGAAUGAAGGUAUACGCCGCAAUCGGAGCUACCCGGCCGUGGUGGGAGCCAGCAUGGCCAUGAAGGGUCCGGGGCCACAAGAGGACGAGCUGCUCCUGGCGCCAAAGCUGCCCAAGCAGACCAGCCUCAAAUGAUUAGUGACAAUACGUGACCACGCCCACAAUUUACACACUCACAUCUACUGUAUAAACCACACCCUGCAUAUCGUCACUGUGCAAUAAAAAAAACAUCCCUGUCGCUCAAAAACGUGUUACUUUUUACAUAUAAAGAGACAAAAUGUCCAUAACUUGCAAUGGAUAUCAAUGGAAAAGAGUUUAUUUCAAGUUUAUUUUCAUUUUGAAGAAUUUCUGUUCGUCCAUUUAUCAAGAAAUUUUGACACGGUGUAAGAGACAGUUUUUUUGUU